AUGAGGAAGAACCGAACCAAGAAGCAAAGGACCACGAGUCAUACGAAGCACCGUAGCGGCUCGGCCCCGGACGCAACAGUAAAUCCUCCACGUCCAAAGGCUAAGAUAUCUGGCAAUCCACCAUCUCCCGCAGCAGCUGCGACUCAGGGCAAAAGCCCGCAAGAGCCGCGUAUGGCUCCUUCUACAGGCGUCGAGUUACUCAUUUCUCCACACCUGAGACAGAAACAGCCGGCGGCUGCGCCACAUAUUACCAUUGAUGACCUGAUCUCCCUGCCUCCGUCCUCUAAUCCGGAAAUGCCGCUGAUGCCGCGAUCUGAUCGUGGGGGGAAAUCUAAGAAGACCAAGGUCGGAGCAGCCGUCCAGGAUACUCGUAUAACUCCUGGAGAAGUGCAAGCCUCUUUGGAGCUAGUAAGGGAAAACCCAGUGACAGAUAUUGAAAGGAUCAUAAAGGUGGCUCCAACGUCAGGCGGAAAUGUAUCAGUAACCCAGCAACCUCCAGAGCGGAGGAAGGGAAUCAAACGUGGGCGUACAGUUGCUUUCAGCGACCUGGACGGACUGAGCGAGAAGGGUCAAUAUUCACAUAGGCCCAAGAAGAAUGCGAAGAAGGAGGAAGAGAUCGGACCCCGGUGUAAGCGUCUUUCAAUCCAUGAGCCUAGAGUCAUGCAGGCUGAUCUCGAGGACAAGAAACCACGGUCAGGCUCCUCAAUCCCCUGCGCCCGAAUCACGAAAGUGACAUACCACGGACCAAAGAUGAUGGAUGUAAUGGACUGUGAUGAGGAUGGUGCCCCCGCCGAACGGCCCCCGUACCGCCGAGACUCUCCCCACGUCACGCUCACGAUUCGAGACCAGAUCGGAAACCCUCUCUUUCGCAAGGACGUGAUCCGGGAGGAGACGCCUCUCGAGGUGUUUCUGAGGCACGAUCACCAGACCCGCGUGAAGGACUGA